CUUGUAUUGUGCCCUGCUUGAAACGGAUCAUCUGCGUUCCAGUCCUAACCGUCACCGCUGGCCGAUCCUGGUUCGAGUUGUCACCAUCAGCCGCUUCCAUUCCCGCCCCUUAGUCCCAUCUCCUAGCCGUUCCUAUCCCGACUUCCCCAGUCCCAACCAUUAUCCUCUCCUUCUCCUCUCCAGCCCAGUCCCCAUCGUCACCGGCAGCCGCUUCGACCGGCUCCAGUCCCAUGAUGGCUUCGGCAGACAUCGUCCGCCAAAUGGGUGAAAAUGUCCGCCCACUUUCCUUGUCAGGGCAUGUUGGAUUUGACAGUUUACCAGAUCAACUAGUAAAUAAAUCUACCUCCCAGGGAUUUUGCUUUAAUAUUCUUUGUGUUGGAGAGACCGGCAUUGGAAAGUCCACCCUUAUGGACACCUUGUUUAACACCAGUUUUGAGAACAGCCAAUCAACACAUUAUGAAAAUAGAGUAAAACUGAAGGCUCAGACUUAUGAGUUACAAGAGAGUACUGCUCGCUUAAAGCUAACAAUUGUAAAUUCAGUGGGCUUCGGAGACCAGAUUAAUAAGGAAGAUAGCUAUAAACCUAUCAUUGACUACAUUGAUGCCCAGUUUGAGGCCUAUCUGCAAGAAGAGUUGAAGAUUAAACGUUCAUUGCACAAUUAUCAUGAUUCCCGUAUCCAUGUCUGUCUGUACUUCAUUUCUCCCACUGGCCAUUCUCUUAAGUCACUAGAUUUAGUGACAAUGAAAAAGCUGGAUAGCAAGGUGAACAUCAUUCCAGUUAUUGCAAAGGCAGACACUGUUGCCAAAAAUGAGCUUCAUAAAUUCAAAAUCAAAAUAAUGAGUGAACUGGUUAGCAAUGGGGUACAGAUCUAUCAAUUUCCAAUAGAUGACGAUACAGUAGCGAAAAUUAAUUCAACUAUGAAUGGCCAUCUACCGUUUGCUGUAAUUGGAAGUACAGAAGAAGUCAAAGUUGGGAACAAAAUGGUUAAAGCUCGACAGUAUCCAUGGGGAGUUGUACAAGUUGAAAAUGAGAACCACAGUGACUUUGUAAAAUUGCGAGAGAUGCUUGUCUGUGUCAACAUGGAAGACUUGAGAGAGCAGACGCACACUCGGCAUUAUGAGCUGUAUCGGCGCUGCAAAUUAGAAGAGAUGGGAUUCAAAGAUACAGAUCCAAAUAACAAGCCAGUCAGCCUUCAAGAAACGUAUGAAGCUAAGAGGAAUGAGUUUCUUGGUGAACUUCAGAGGAAGGAAGAGGAAAUGAGGCAAAUGUUUGUGAUGCGAGUCAAAGAAAAAGAGUCUGAAUUAAAGGAGGCAGAGAGAGAGUUGCAAGAUAAAUUUGAACACUUAAAGAAAAUGCACCAGGAAGAGAGAAAAAAAUUGGAUGAAAAGAAAAGUGUCUUGGAUGAAGAGAUGAGUAUAUUCAAUAAGAGGAAAGCUGCGACUGAAUUGCUUCAAGGUCAGGCAUUCCAGACUGCACCACAAAUGAAUCUCAAGAAAGACAAGGAUCGCAAAAACUAUUAAAUUUUUGAUUUGCUGCGUUGUGCUCCAACUUGUGCAAUACGAUUAACCUUCAUGUAUUGAACUGUUUGAGAGCAUCACGUCUGAGUGCAGUUGAUCGCUUUGUCCUGCUACCUGCUGCCAUUUCCCUAUGAAUUGCUUGAAUGGAUGAAAACUGUGCAUUAGCCCAUGUAUGAAUCAUCCAGUUGGUGCCAAAUGCACUGCCUAUGUAGCUGUAUAAUAAACCAUAUAUUUAAACAGCAAGGGUGCCAAUCCUGGUUGUUGACACAAGACUUUACCUAAUUAUUAAGUGUCUCUAUCAGGGAAAUUUUUUAUUUAUCACUUGAUUUCAGUUAUAGAUCUCUAUCUGCUUUUUGUUAAUGUGCCUGAAAAUUACUAAAUACUGAAUCUUUUUUAAUUAUUGAAUAUAUUGAAGAACUUUUUUAUAAUUUGCUUUUCUUCUCUUUUUGAAGAUUGUCUUUAAACCUUGUAAUUGAAUUAAGCUGGUACUAUUCCAAAUUUCCUAUCCCCUAGAAGGGAGGAAUUUUGACAUUUAAAUAUACUUGAGCAUGCACAAUCAAAUAAUGCUUCUAUGCCAAAUGUUUAAAUGCACAUGUGGCACUUCAGUAGGUCAGAGGAAGUCUUCAGUUUUAUCAGGUUUCUGCAGGACUAAUUCAAUGUUACCAGGUGGUAGUAUAAAAAGACAAUUGUUUACCAUCUAAAUGCUAGAUAGGGUUACUUCAUAGGAGUACAUUUGUGGUGCAUGUACUUUUCUAAAAUGUUCAAACCAAUCUUGCCUAUUGUUUUACCAGCAGUGGUGUUGGAACUUACUGUGCUACUACUAAUUGGUCAAAUCUUGAAAUGAUUUAUGUGAAACGGAUUUGAAAUUUCAAAUCCAACUGGCAGAUAACCACUGGCAAAAUGGAUGAACAUGAAAGAGCUCAUGUGCCCAGCACUAUUGCAUAGUCUAUAAGUUUAAAUAAAGACACUGUGGUGAAAUGCUUGAGAUGGAUUGAAUUUUAACGUGGGAAGUUUGUAUUAAUAUUACAUUAAAUGUAUUUAUCAUUUAUAGUUGAAAUUUUGGACAAUAAUGGUUAAAGCUUAAGAUUUCUUUUCUUUGGUAGUUGUAUAAGAAAUAUAUUACAUAAUACAGUUGCAGCUACAUAAUCUUUGUUGUAUUUCUGAUUUAUAACCUAGCUGUAAUACCAUAUAGCAAUCUGUAGUUGUGACAAAAUAUUGACAUAGUUGUAAGUUGCUUGCAGGUUUUUCUUUAAGAACAACAGACCAUAAUCAGUUAUUGUUUCUUCUAAGCACAGCUCUCAAAAUUUCUCUCACCGUAGUGCCAUUCAGUAUUCCUGUAAAAGUGCAUUGAAUGUAUUAGUUUUUGGGCCUACAGUUGCCUCUUUGUAUUCAAAUCAAGGAAAAUUGUCUUUUCUACUCUUUUUAAAGGAGAUAUUUUGAUUUGCAAACCUCUUUCUCCAAACACACGUCCUAGAUGAAACCAUGUUCUCUUGAUUGUUUUUGGCUGUGCUUCACAUACUUUAGAGAAUCUUACACAAAAAAAACUUUGAUUUAAACCUUUUGUUUCAUCAGUCAUGUAACUUUAAUUAUUAAACUUUUCAUUGAAAAGAAA